AUGGGGCGCCUGGAGCUGACCGUCUUGGGCCUCGCCUGCUGCCUGACAGCGGCGCAUGCGGCGACGCUGGGCGCCGUGUACACGGAAGGCGGCUUCGUGGAGGGUGAAAACAAGAAGUUGAGCCUCCUGGGCGGGACCUCCGUGGACAUCUUCAAGGGCAUCCCCUUUGCCACCGCCGCCGUCUUGGAGAACCCCCAGCGGCACCCGGGCUGGCAAGGGACCCUGAAGGCCAAGGACUUCAAGAAGCGAUGCCUGCAGGCUACCCUCACCCAGGACAGCACCUUCGGGGACCAGGACUGCCUGUACCUCAACAUCUGGGUGCCCCAGGGUCGGAAGGAAGUUUCCCACAACCUGCCCGUGAUGAUCUGGAUCUAUGGCGGCGCCUUCCUCAUGGGGUCCGGCCAGGGGGCCAACUUCCUCAGCAACUACCUGUACGACGGCGAGGAGAUCGCCACGCGCGGCAACGUCAUCGUGGUCACCUUCAACUACCGCGUCGGCCCCCUCGGCUUCCUCAGCACCGGGGACGCCAACCUGCCAGGUAACUACGGCCUCCGGGACCAGCACAUGGCCAUCGCCUGGGUCAAGCGGAACAUUGCGGCCUUCGGGGGAGACCCUGACAACAUCACCCUCUUCGGGGAAUCAGCAGGAGGUGCCAGUGUUUCCCUGCAGACUCUGUCCCCUUACAACAAAGGCCUCAUCCGGCGUGCCAUCAGCCAGAGCGGCGUGGCGCUGAGCCCCUGGGCCAUCCAGAAGAACCCACUCUUCUGGGCCAAAAAGAUCGCCGAGAAGGUGGGCUGCCCGCUGGAGGACACAGCCGCCAUGGCCGCGUGUCUGAAGAUCACCGAUCCCCAAGCCCUGACGCUGGCCUAUAGGUUGCCGCUGGGGGGCACGGAGUAUCCCGUGGUGCAUUACCUGGGCUUUGUCCCCGUCGUCGACGGAGACUUCCUCCCCGAGGACCCCAUCAAUCUGUACAGCAAUGCCGCCGACAUCGACUACCUAGCAGGCACCAAUGACAUGGACGGCCACCUCUUCGCCACCGUCGACAUGCCGGCCAUCGACAAGUCCUACAAGGACAUCUCGGACCAGGACUUCUACAAGCUGGUCAGUGGCAUGACUGUUAUGAAGGGGUCCGAGGGUGCCCAGGCCACGUACAACAUCUACACCGAGUCCUGGGCCCAGGACUCCUCCCAGGCGAACAAGAAGAAGACGGCGGUGGACAUUGAGACCGAUAUUCUCUUCCUGAUCCCCACGGAGACGGCCCUGGCCCAGCACAGAGCCAACGCCAGGACUGGCAAGACCUACGCCUACCUGUUUUCCCACCCCUCCCGGAUGCCCAUCUACCCGAGCUGGAUGGGGGCCGACCACGCUGAUGACCUCCAGUACGUCUUUGGGAAGCCCUUUGCCACCCCGCUGGGCUACCGGCCCCAAGACAGGACGGUCUCCAAGACCUUGAUCGCUUACUGGACCAACUUUGCCAGAACCGGGGACCCCAACACGGGCCCUUCGGAAGUGCCCGCCCACUGGGAGCCCUACACCCUGGAGAACAGCAGCUACCUGGAGAUCAACAAGAAGAUGAGCCAGGACUCCACGAAGCAGCAUCUGAGGACCAACUUCCUGCGGUUCUGGGCCCUCACCUACCAGGCGCUGCCCACGGUGCUGGAAGACGUCCCUGUGCCCCCAACGGAUGACGCUGAGGUCGUCCCCCUGCCGCCUGCGGACGACUCCUCCACGCCCCCAGCAGAUGACUCUGUGGGGGCCCAGAUGCCCGUGGCCAUUGGUUUCUAG